AUGGGUUCCAAGACACUUCUUUUCUUUUUCAUUUCCAUGGCUGUAGUUCUAAUGAUUACAUCAGAGGUGGCUGCCAAGUCAGUGGACAAUUUUGAGACAAAUAAGGAAGGAGAAGCCAAGUACCAUGGAGGUGGCUACGGAGGAGGCCAUGGAGGUGGCCACGGAGGAGGCUACGGAGGAGGUCAUGGAGGGCACCAUGGUGGUGGAUACGGGGGCCAUCCAGGAGGAGGUAAUGGGGAUGGACAUGGAGGGUACGGGGGUGGCGGCCAUGGUGGUUAUGGACAUGGCGGUGGCGGCCAUGGUGGUUAUGGACACGGCGGACAUGGCGGUGGCGGCCACGGUGGACAUCCUGGUGAGGCUGCAGAUGCUGAGCCCCAGAACUAA